AUGCAAAUUUCUUCUGUUGUUCAACAACAGCAACGUCUCGGAUCAAACCCUAAAAGACACAGAGAGAAUCCAGCAUUAGGGCUAGAAGGGGAUUUUCCGGCGGAAGUGAUUUCGCCGGCGGUGUUUAGAUGCGUUAGAUUGAGCUCGACCGACAAUGCGGCGGAUCAAUAUGCAUACCAAACAUCAUUGAACAUUGGAGGACAUGUAUUCACUGGAAUUCUUUAUGACCAAGGACCUGAGGGAACUAAUGUUGCCGGGGAAAGCUCUUCCGGUGGCUUGAUGCACCCGGAUUUUAUUGCCGGCGGCACUGGUACGGCUUCCCCGCCUUCUUAUCCUAGCCCUUUUAGUGCUUUUACAACUGGCUCUCAUCAGUUCUUCCAAUACCCAAAAUCUUGA